GUGGUCUGGGGCUCCAGCCUGGACUUGCCACGGAGCAGGGUCUGCACCUGCGCUGGCCGCAUCUACCUGGGCAGCUGUGAGCUGAGCCCCGCGGGGGCCCUGGGGCUCUCUCACCCCCAUCCUGACAGAGCAGGCUGCUCGAGAAUGGGGACAGAAGCUCUGGUUUGGAAACACCCUUGAAAGCAGAGGACCCGCCUCCGCCCUGCGCUCCCUCCCCCACUGUCUGGCAUCCCGCUCCGCGGCUCCUACCUGGGUGCUCCUGAGUUAAAUGGCCGAUAAGCAGAUCAGCCUGCCAGCCAAGCUCAUCAAUGGCGGCAUCGCCGGCCUGAUUGGGGUCACCUGCGUGUUCCCCAUCGACCUGGCCAAGACGAGGCUGCAGAACCAGCAGAAUGGCCAGCGCGUGUACACCAGCAUGUCCGACUGCCUCAUCAAGACCAUCCGCUCAGAGGGCUACUUCGGGAUGUACCGCGGAGCUGCCGUGAAUCUGACCCUCGUCACCCCCGAGAAGGCCAUCAAGCUGGCAGCCAAUGACUUCUUCCGAUACCAGCUCUCCAAGGACGGGCAGAAGUUGACCCUGUUUAAGGAGAUGCUGGCGGGCUGCGGGGCAGGCACCUGCCAGGUGAUCGUGACCACCCCCAUGGAGAUGCUGAAGAUCCAGCUCCAGGACGCGGGCCGCCUCGCUGCCCAGAGGAAGAUCCUGUCCGCCCAGGCCCAGCUCUCAGGCCAGGGGAGUGGCCAGCCCUCGGUGGAGGCUCCAGCCGCCCCCCGCCCCACAGCCACGCAGCUGACCCGGGACCUGCUGCGGAGCCGCGGCAUCGCUGGCCUCUACAAGGGCCUGGGGGCCACGCUGCUCAGGGAUGUCCCCUUCUCCAUCGUCUACUUCCCCCUCUUCGCCAACCUGAACGAGCUGGGCCGGCCAGCAUCCGGGGACAAGUCGCCUUUCUACGUGUCCUUCCUGGCCGGCUGCGUGGCUGGGAGUGCGGCCGCCGUGGCCGUCAACCCCUGUGACGUGGUGAAGACCCGGCUCCAGUCGCUGCAGCGUGGCAUCAACGAGGACACCUACUCGGGAUUCCUGGACUGUGCCAGGAAGAUCCUGCGGAACGAGGGCCCCUCUGCCUUCCUGAAGGGCGCUUACUGCCGCGCCCUGGUCAUCGCCCCGCUGUUCGGCAUCGCUCAAGUGGUCUACUUCCUGGGCAUCGCUGAGACCCUGCUGGGGCUGCCACGCGUCCAGCCCUGAGCCCAGCAGCCGCCCCUCGCCCUCCAGUCAAGCAGGACCAGAGAGGGGGCCGAGGCAGGCAGCCCCCCCACCGGGGAAAGCACGAGAGUCUCUCCCCACCCGGAUGGGUGGGGGUGGGGAGAGGGGGAGUGCAGGUGUGCACACGCGUGCCUGGCGGGGUCCUGCCUACACAACCCCCGGGAUCAACGUCUUACUUACUUAGAAAAGGCCGAAACCAUUACAUUCCUGGAGCCAGCCCUGCCCACCUUUGCCCCAGUCUGAACAACCCCCAGGGAUAGAGCUGGUCUCUGGACUGGGGGCCCCCAGCCUGGGCUGGGCAAGCUGGACCCUCCCCUCCAGUCUACCAGCUCCUGUCCCCGAGGCUUGGCCCCUAGUCCACAGAGGGGACCCCGCACAAACCUAUUUAUUAACUUGCCGAGCACAAGCGGCUCUGUCCACCCCUCCGUCUGUCCGUCCAGCCUCCCCUGCUGCUGUUCUCUUGCCUUGGCCAGCCUUGCAGGAGGAUCGGGCUCUCCUGCCCCCCAUAUUGAGCCAGGAAUCCUAGACGGGGGGUGGCCCUGAGUGCUGACUCCCAGGACAGGUCCCCCGCCCCCACUGUGGGACCCAGCCCCCGUCCCCAGCUGGGGACCCAGCCCAUGUGAGGUGUGUGUGUAGGUGAGAGAGAGAGAAUGUUGGGGGCGGGUGGCGGCCGCCCUCUGCUGUGGGGGGCUCCAGCCGUCCCCAUGUGGCCAGGCAGUGUGUGUGUGUGUGUGUGUGUGUGUGUGUGCGUGCAGGAGUGUGUGAGCACAUGGGUGUGUGCCCUUGACUCCCCAGUGACCCCGUCCAGGAAUCUGUCUCCGCCCGCCCCUACUUCUGAAGCCACGCCCCCUCCAGGGCCGGGUGGGCCAGAGGGGAGGGCAGGCAUGAGGACCAGUAUGGAGCCCGGGAGCAUCUUCUGGGGGGCACCAGGAGCAGCCCCUCCCGUCUUCCCCGGGCCUAGCCUGCUCUCCGGGCCUCUGCUUAAGGCCCCUGACCACACUUAGUAAAGCUCCGCCCUCCCCGGCCCUCGGUGUUGUGAACUGAGGCAGCUCGUCCUGACCUGCCCCGCCCCUAGCCACGUGGUCGUGUUGGUGAUUGAUCUGAUGUGGCGGUGCUGUGUCCCCCACCCCUGGGCCCCUCCCCGGAGCCCCCUUCCCAGUGACACUACCUGGGGCUCAGGCCUGGGCCCCCCAGUUCACGGUUGUUCCUGGGAGCUGCUCUCUCCCGUCACAUCUGUACCUUGGAAGCUGCUGCUGCUGCUUACAGAAUUAUAUUUUUUUCCUUUGAAGAGUUUUAAGAAGUUGUAACUUUUUGUGUCUUGUCCUGUAAGAAGAUAAAUAAAUAUUCUAAGUAGA